AUGGCCAAGUCUAUCGAGGGAAAGGUUCGCCCUUUGGCGCCUUUUGAUAAAACCCUCGAAAAGUCGACGCUGAAGGGAGCCUCUCGGAUCUACGUCAAUCGAGACGCCCUCAUCCAGCUUACGGCGAGCGUCGAUAAUGGGAGACGAUGCAUCGUGACGAGGGUCAACGAGGACAAGUCGACAACCGUUCGAGAGGCUGCGCUCUGGACGCUGUCGGAUAAGAACAUCAGUCCCAACAUCAUCCUCAUGAGUGAGGCUUACCGCGAUGCGUGCGAAUUCGAACUCGGCGACCAGCUCACAAUAACGAUGCAUGAGAAGACGGCUGUCCCUGAUGCACAGUCCGUGAGUAUUCUUCCUGUAACAACGACGGAUAAGGAUAAAGCCGAGAUCGUUGCGUGGGAGGGCGCAUGGAUCGGUGUUAUCAGAUUUUACUUGGGACGAGCUGAACACGUCUUUCCUGGUAUGAAGUUCGAGUGCGUAGCACCGGGAGCCAAGCAAAUAUUCAAGAUUACUUCAGUCGAUGGCCAAACGGACAACGUUGCCAAGUUCACUGCCUCAUCAGUGCCGAGGAUCGUUUACGGUGAAGAGGAAGAGCAGCCCGUCCAAGAGGUUAGAGAAGUCACCAAGCUCGACGUGAAGGGCAUUCCUGGGCUGCGUGCCGAGGAGAAGAAGCUCAGAAGCUUCCUGCGCGGCUUCAACGCCAAAUUCUUCUACCAGGGCCAGCACGAUUCAUGCGGCAUUGUCAUUCACGGCGGAAGGGGCACCGGCAAGUCCUACAUCCUCAACCGCAUCGCGGCCACUGGAUGGGGCAGAAUUUUCAAGAUUGAAGAGAACGACAAGUCCUCGACCGUCGAAGAGGUCUUCAAGCAAGCCCGGUCUCAACAACCUAGUAUCAUCCUCAUAGAUGGUCUUCAGGCAUUGAUCGGUAAGGACAGGGCCAAUUCUACUGCGAUCAUUCACAGGUUGGGCCAACAGCUUGACCAACUCGCCGAGGAGGCUUUCAACAACAACGCACUGCCGAAGGUCGUGGUCGUAGCUACCUGCUUGGACUACAUGACCGACGUCCCCCCUGAGCUGCAGAAGACCACCAGGCUCGAGCUUAACAUCCCACUUUCGAUACCCAACGCCGAUGGACGACUGGAGAUCCUACAUGCGCUUGAUAUUCCUGUCCAGGCGGAGGUCAAGGACGCCAUGCUGGGCAGACUGUCACAACAGACGCACGCAUACAACGCGAAUGAUCUUUGCAGACUCAUCGGCAACGCGAAGCGACUGUCGGCAGAGCGCCUGGACCCAGAUGGAAACGGUUUCGACGAAGAAACGAUGGAAAAGCCGCAGCUGACAAGAGAGGAUUUGGAGCAAGCGCUGCGGUGCACGAAGCCGACUGCCAUGCACGACGUCAAUUUGAAGCCACCGACGAUUCACUGGCAGGACGUGGGUGGACAAGAAAACCUCAAGGAGGCCCUGCGCGACAUGAUCACCCUCACUACCACAAGCAACCCGUCCGUUCAGAAACUGAUCCUGACGCCGCCCAAGGGUCUCCUCUUGUAUGGACCGCCGGGCUGCUCCAAGACGCUCUCGGCACAGGCCAUGGCUACCGAAUCCGGCUUCAACUUCUUCGCCGUCAAGGGCGCUGAGCUUCUAAACAUGUACGUGGGUGAAUCGGAACGCGCAGUCCGUCAGCUCUUCGAGCGCGCCCGCGCCGCAAGCCCAAGUAUCAUCUUCUUCGACGAGAUCGACUCCAUCGGCGGGCAAAGAACAGGCAGCGGCGCCAAGAGCCAGGGCUCUGUCAACAUGCUUACCACGCUCCUCACCGAGAUGGACGGCUUCGAGGCGCUGUCGGGCGUGCUUAUUCUGGCAGCCACGAACCGGCCAGAGGCCAUGGAUCCGGCGCUCCUGCGUCCUGGUCGCUUCGACCGCAUAGUGUACGUCGGCCCGCCGGACGAUGCCGGUCGCGAGGCCGUCUUCAAGCUUUAUCUUCGCAAGCUGCCUACGGCGGAAGACGUGGAUCUCACGGAGCUGUCUCGACUGUCGGAAGGCUUCUCGGGCGCCGAGAUUAAGCAAAUCGUCAACGUGGCGACGAAGCCGGCGCUUAAAAAGGCGCUCGAGAUCGGGGCCGACGAGGCGGCCGCCCAGGUGCAAGUGUGUAUGCAGGACAUCGUUGCAGCGAUUCAGUCCGUUCCCAAGGGCAUUACGCCCCAUAUGCUAGAGGGAUACGACAGAUGGUCCCAGCAAUUCCUCAAACAUCAGAAGCAAUAA